AGAGAGAGGAGAGAAAAAAAAAACAUCCAAAUCACAGCCCCCGAGACCCGGGCGCAAGUUAGGCAUCUGGACUGCUGCGGGCAAAGCGAGAGCGCCCGCCUGCUAUUCAAAUGCAACAGUAGAGUCCGGACCAGGAGUUGUCUCCUCCGCCUCCCUCACACCGACUCCCUCCGCCCCCCCCCCCCCCACUGUCCGGAGUAUUGGCUCUGCCAGAGUGAAGCAGCCCAUCUCUUGUCUGUCCUGUCCUGACUGGAACAUAGAAAGAGAGAGAAAGUUCUUACUUUGCUCCGGAUAACACACAAGACAGAGAAAAGAAGAGAGAGACGGAAGACAAGCUCAGGGAGGCCGGCAGCGCGCACUGCACCAGGUGUUGCAUUUGGUCAUGGCAACUACUUUACCAAGGACCCUUGGUGAACUACAACUCUAUCGCAUUCUGCAGCGAGCCAAUCUCUUGUCUUAUUAUGAUGCUUUCAUUCAGCAAGGGGGAGAUGAUGUACAGCAGCUCUGUGAAGCAGGGGAGGAGGAAUUCUUGGAGAUCAUGGCCCUGGUUGGCAUGGCUAGCAAACCUCUGCAUGUCAGGAGGUUGCAAAAAGCUUUGAGAGACUGGGUGACAAAUCCCUCUGUCUUUAAUCAACCCCUGAACUCUCUUCCAGUCAGCAGCAUCCCACUGUACAAAAUAUCUGAGAGCUCAGCUGCUUUUCCUGGGUCAAAUUCUAACAGUAAUGAAAGAAAUAGUAACCUUCGGGAUCCUCCUGUGAAGUUUCCAAAAUGUUUAGCUGCAAUAUGCGGUCAGGGAGUGGGACCUAACAAGUCUGGCAUGGCAGGGAAUUCACCACUGCAAAUAUGCAGUGAACUACGGUUCUGGCAAGGACAUUCCACUACUGAGAGUGAACAGAGUCUUUCCCCUGCUGACCCUGCAUCUCCAUCUUCGCCAAAAGAAAAUGGUGAAAUUCUUGAUGCUGCUGCAGUCAUUGCAAUUACAGAAUCUGUUGACCGUUUGAUUCAAGGCAUUCCAAAAACGGACAGAAAUGAAGUAAAAGAAUUUUUAAAAACCAAUAAGAAGUUAGCAAAAAUGAUUAGCCAUAUCUUUGACAUGACUGAUGGUGAUCCCCACAAAGAAGAAGAGAUCCGAAAAUAUAGUGCAAUAUAUGGUCGGUUUGAUUCCAAAAGGAAGGACGGAAAGCAUCUUACACUUCACGAGCUAACUGUUAAUGAAGCAGCUGCUCAACUCUGUACAAAGGAUAACGCAUUGCUCACUCGGAGAGAUGAACUAUUUACGUUAGCUCGACAGGUCUCCCGAGAAGUAACCUACAAAUACACCUAUAAAACCUCCAGGUCUAGGUGUGCUGAGCAAGAUGAAUCGUCUCCCAAACGAAUAAAAAUGGAGGAUGGUUCUGUACAUGUUCAAGAAUCGCUACAGAUUUUGCAACAGAGGCAAGAGACAUUAAAAGAGCAAAUGGCUCUAGCCAAGAUGAAAGGUGAUGAGGCCAUGAUUCGUAAUAUUCAGGUCCAACUUGAAGCAAUAGCAGCUAAAUACAUAAUGCUUGUGCGUGAACAAACAGGUCAGGACAUGUUACAAAUGUCUGAGAGGCAUCAAUCUGCCACAGCUUGCAGGCCAUAUUCUGAAGAGCAGAAUUCCAGAAGCCCUCCUGCAGAAACUAUGGAUGGACAAGCUGAAAAACCACUGAAUCUCAGGAUCUCUGACCAUCAGAGUAGACAAAUAAUGCAGCAAAUGGUAUCAAGAGAAGAUCUACAGCUUGCGAAACAAGUGUCAAAUGAAUUAAGCAGACUCUAUUCAAGCAAUCCAAGAGAGCCUCAGUGUUCAGAAAACAUAGGCACCUUGAAGGAGUUUUGUCAGACGGUCCUGAAUCACACAGAAAAGAAGAAUGAAGCAUUGAAACCUAUCAAAAUAGAGCCUGAGGAUGUUAGAUAGCCUUUUCCAAAUUUGCCUAUUUCACAAAAUGGCAUCAGGAAGCAUCGUAACAAGAGCCUUAAUGACCAAUGUUGCCUCAUAACUGUUCCAUUAUUGUGGUUUCUGUUUUGUCAAAGUUACUGUGGACAAUGGUUUGUUAGUUCAGCAGAAAACUGAAUAAUUUCUAACCUGAUGGUUUAUUGUUGGUUAUGUUCAGUAAGUACUAUAAGUGCAGCUGGUCCUAGCAGUGAGAAAACUGCUUAAUGACUAAUCUAUUUACAUUAUUUAAGAAUUGGUCACAAAGAAAAGAAAACUCUAUUGAAAAUGGUACCCAGUAUUGAAAAUAAUUAAUAACAAUACAUUACAUGAAACUUUUUUUAAUAGGCAUCAGCUUAAGAUAGUUAAUGUAUUGCUUUUCUCUAGAAACUAGUCUAGCAUCUAGCUUAAUAAACCCUUCUUGAUGGUUGUAUACUUUCAUUUAGAUCUGAAGUGGGGUGCAGUAUACAUGUAAUAUCAAAGAUUAUGUAAGUUUAACAUGCUCAUUUAUCAUUAAUAAGGGAUGUGGGAUGGAAUUGGAUCAAGGAAUUAAGCUGCGAUUAAUUAGUCUAGUUGAGGUGAUCCAAUAUAGGCCACAAGAUAAAUGCAGCUGUUCAACCUGAAUGUAAUGAAAGGAAAAGGUAUGAAGUGCAUAAAAGGUCACUCCAAAUGUUGUGUAUUUGAGCACAAUUGCUAAAGUUUCCACAUAUAUCAGAAGUGGUGCACAUGUUUGACUAGGUUUCUGAGGAAUGUCUAUCCACUUACUCAAAUACAAUAAAUGUCUAAAGGCUUCAUUUCUAUUUAAUUCAUUGAGAGACUAGAUAUCAGAAAAUUCCCACAUCCCUAUUUAGACUAGUGGGAAAAAUCAGAACUUAAAUUUUUUCUAGUUAAAACACACUUGCUUAUUAGCUAUUUCUGUUUAUAUACAUUGUUCUUUGAUGUUUUUAUUUAGUUUUAAUUUUGUUACUGUAUAGUUUAUCCUAUUAAUCCAUUUUUUUAACAUUGCUGCAUCUCAAUAUUCUUUGGAUCUCAUUGGGGGACAACUGAAAUAGUGAACAAAGACUUUAGUCAAAAGAUUUGCAUUUGCCCCCUUUCUGUUAAAAACAGCAGAAAUAACGUUGAGAUUCAAAUCUGCAUUAAACAUUAAACUGUUUAUUUUUGCCUUGUUUUUCUGCAUUUUUCUUUUGUUCAGUAUGUCUUCUGUUUGAAGUCAAAUUGCAUUUUGGUUAUGGAGUAUUUAACUGAUCAAAGCCCAGAUAUUUUAAUCUGGUCAUGCAGGCAGCCAAAGCCCUGUAGAACUUUUGCUACAGAUGGACCAAGAAUCGUUAUAAAUGCAGCAUUAAAAAGAAAACUCCAGAUAAAACUGCAAUAAUUACACAAAUAAUGCUGAUUAUUACAGAAGAUUCAACAGCUGAUUGUGCACUCCUGUUCAAAGCGUGUAAUAAAUGACUUUGUUAACUGCAUAUUACAUUUUAGUCAAAGUCGAGUAUCAUUUUAUAUUACCUGUAGUUAACUGGAGAAUAGCUGUAGAGUAUUAUUCUGUUGUUGUGGCAGAUUAGCUCAUAAAGGGAAUUGAGAGCAAUUCCCUAUGGUACAAUUCAACUAAUUUGAAAACUGUGUUGUAUAUUGUUGCCAUGAAAUGUUCUCUUGAACUUCGACCUGUAAUGUACUGAUGUUGCUAUAAUAAUGUCUUUAAUAUGUCUUGACCGUUAAUCAAAAGUAUGUUAGAACAUAGUUUAAACUGUGCCUCCGUCAUAACCCUUUUAAAAUGUUAGAAAUUGUAAAGUGGUGAUUGACAGUACACAUACUCUAAUGUAACUAAUAUGUUAAUAUUAAUGUUUCCUUUUGGAAGUCAAUUUAAAGAACAUUACAAGGGUCAGAGGAUAUCUGGGAGAAUGGUUGAUUGUCCUAUUGGUCUGUACUGUUUGAAAUUGCUACUUAAAUGGCAAAUGGGCCAGUAUUAAUUAUUCUGAAUGGUCUGAAAAUACAGUAUAGGAUGUUUUGAAUAAACACUAAUGUAUUUAAUUUGUUAUAUAAACAUUAAAAUAUAUUUUUGGAGUUC